GUGAACCAAAAGCUCUCGACGAGUGUAAAAUGUCUACUCGCAGUGCAUUUUGAAUAAAGACUUAGUGUGAGAUGCUGGGAUGUAGUGCGUGUUUGUAUUCGCGAUCGUUAUACCUAUGUGGCCAUAAUAUUACAUAGGUGAAUAUUUGUCCAGUAUCCAGAUCAUGACUGCAGUCAUGGCCAGAGUAGCUACGUUACUAAGCCAAACUUCGGGUUUCAGUAAGGUCAUAAACUUGAACAAUGAAGUUUUUCUGGACGGUUUCCUGAUCACUGAAAUGACACAUGGUUACGGUAAUUUACCAUCACGACAAGCAGGCUACCCACCUCAACAGUCGGACUUAACAUCUCAACAACCACAACAGCCUGUGUAUUCACAGCAACAGAAUAGUUUUCAUUCUCAACCACCUGGGUAUCCAACUCAACAGCCAGGUUUUAAUCAAGGUACACCAGCUUAUAUGGGUCAGCCAGCUCCAAGUAGGAGAUUGGAUCCUGACCAAAUGCCAAGUCCAGUACAAGUUAUACAAGAUGACCAACUAAGUAAAAGUGGUUUAUUUUUAACUAAUCAAAGAGGUUUAGUACCCCCUUUGGUUACUACAGAUUUCACAGUGCAAGAUUAUGCAUCACCUAGAUUGAUAAGAUCAACUAUGUAUUGUGUACCUACCACAAUGGACAUUAUAAAACAGACAUUUGUACCAUUUGGAUUAGUUAUCAGUCCAUUGGCAAAAAUGAAAUCAGAUGAAUAUCCUUUACCUAUUAUAAAUACUGGUGAAAUUGGACCAGUUAGAAGUAAGAGGUGUAAAGCUUACAUGAGUCAAUUUAUGCAGUUUAUUGAUGGUGGAAAACACUUUACUUGCCUUUUAUAUAAAGCUACAACAGAAGUACUAGUUGAAUAUUUCCAACACUUGGAUCAUACUGGUCAACGGCUCGACUGCUCUGAAAGGCCUGAAAGUUUUGGAUCAUAUGAAUUUAUCGUUCCAAAAGAAUGUUGUAGGGAAACAUUAGCUGUUCCUCAGAUGAUGAUUAUUGGUGACACUUCAGAAGUUCUUAUGCCAUUGUUAGAUGGGUUCUUAUGUGAUCCAGAACUAUCAUCUCAAGUUAUCGAUGCACUUAUGAAACAAAUUCCUACUCAUUUCAAUGAAACAAGAAUCACUGAAACUAUUCUUCUACCAGCAAUAAAAGCAGGAAUGGAAGCAUUGAAGAAUGCCGAAUGUUGUGGUAGAUUUUUUGUAUUUCAUUCAUCCUUACCAAUAGCAGAAGCUCCGGGUAAACUUAAGAAUCGGGAAGAUCGAAAAUUACUUGCCACCGAUAAAGAAAAAACUAUGUUGAACCCGCAAACAAAUGUGUAUAAAAAAUUAGGAGAGGAGUGUGUUCAAGUUGGAUGUAGUGUUGAUCUAUUCAUCACUAAUAACUCUUUUAUAGAUUUACCUACAAUUGGUCAAAUUUCUAAAAUUAGUGGUGGUGAAAUUUUCAAAUACACAUAUUUCCAAGCUGAAGUUGAUGGUCAACGAUUCUUGUCUGAUUUAAAACGUGACAUUAGCCGACCAACUGAUUUCUAUGGGCAUUUUUUUAUGUUAAAUUCUACUAAUGUUGAGUUAGCUGCAAUCGAUUGUGAUGAAGCAACUAACGUCAAAGAACUCAAUUCAAAUCAGCUAUUGCAAUUUAUUGAAGUAAAACUUGAUGAUAAGCUUGAUGAACAAGAUGAAGUAUUAGUACAAACAGCCAUGUUAUACACGUCAUGUAGUGGACAGAGACGUGUGCGUAUAUUAAAUCUAUCAUUACGUUCUAGUAGACAAAUGUGUGAAUUAUAUCGUAGUUGUUACUUAGAUACAAUAAUGAAAUUCUUUGGAAAACAAGGUAUGUUGUAUAUGUUUUAUGGUACAGAUUGAAUUUUGAAGUUUUAUUUUAAUUUAUUUAUGUAUAAAAUAUUGGAAAGUUCUGGACGACAAGUAAAGGAAGCAAUUACUAAUAAAACUGCUCAAAUACUAGCUACUUAUAGAAAGCAUUGUGCAUCACCAUCUUCAGUUGGUCAACUUAUAUUGCCUGAAUGCUUAAAACUUAUGUCUCUAUACAUUAAUUGUUUAAUUAAAUGUGAUGCAAUGUCUGGUGGUCCUGAUCUGACUGUUGACGAUCGUUGGUUUAACAUGCAUCUGGUUAUCACUGCGAAUAUACCUACACCAUUAGGUUAUUUCUAUCCACGUCUGGUUCCCAUUCAUACACUUGCUUAUGAAAAACUCUUAGAUGAUGUUUCAAUACCAGAUCAGUUGAGGUGUCUUAUUGAAAAGUUUGCAGAAAAUGGAGCUUAUAUUUUGGAAAAUGGUUUAAAUAUGUUUUUGCGGCUUGGUAUGGGUCUAAGUCAAACAUUUUUGUCAGACGUGUUUGGUGUUCAGAACAUAACAUAUGUUAAUACUGAACAUUCUACCAUUCCUGUGUUGGAUAAUCCACUCAACAAAGUUAUUUUUUAGGUAUUAUCUAAAAUUCAAUACUUCUUUUCAUACUUCUUUGUGUGGUUUGCUUUAAAAUAAUUAAAAAAAAUUAUUGAUUUUUAUGUUAUAAUCUAUUAAGUGUAAUUACUUUAUAAAACAAAUAAUGUUUGAUUCAUCUUUUACUUAUUAACAUUAUUUCUUAUAUUCAUUUUAAAAUGAUAUAUUUUUUUAAAUAAAUAAUUAUUGUAUUAUUC